CAAACAGCUCGAACUCCAGAAGAUAAUCGAUGCUCAAGCGCGGGAGCUGACUUUGAUGAGCUCCUCCUGGUACGAACUCCAGAAUCGAUUACAGAACAACAACAUUGGCCUGGCCCGGUAUCGGAAUGGAUCCCUGGCCGAUGCUCAGAAGGGCUGGCUAGCCAGGCAAAGAAGCGUGGUCGCUGGUCGAUAAAGCUCCGGUUUGUAUGUUGGCGAUAUGGUUUACGUCCUAUCUCUUCUUCGUACAUGUCUUUCUAAUUCUACCCUUUCCCCUUCUUCUCCCCUGCGCAUUUUCCAUCGUUACCAAGACUGUGUUUGUUGUUGCUAUACCUUUUUCUUUCUACAUACAUAUGUUUCCGUUGCUCGCCGCGCUAUACCAGCUCGUUGCGGCUCAACUACUACGACUACUACUACUACCCCUGGGUUUUUCGUUGGAGCUUGAUCGGCAUUAUAAACAUAUCAUACGCACCUUUAUGGCAUUGUUGCAUGUGUUAGACAAGUGUAUAUUCUGAAAGUCUUUCUUUUUUCAGAUUUCUAGAGACAGUGCUGCUUUUGACGUGACGUAGCCUAUAGAUGCAGCUCAUAAAAUAAU